AUGGUACCCGUCGCGGGUAGUGGACGGGAGACAUUCUUGUCCGAUUUAAGAGAUUUGCAGCCUGAACUCUGCAUUACAACAGCAUAUGGGAAUAUUAUACCCACCAAGUUUCUCAACAUAUAUUCCACCAUUAGCUUUCCACCAAAUGCUAGACUUAUAGUUCCUUUCCUGGAGCAAUAUCCCACAUUGGGGAAGGAGAUAAUACUCGAUUAUACAAAGAAAGUAAAGGAAUUAGGUGACACACUGUUCAAACUGCUAUCAGAGGCUUUGGGUCUAGAUACCACCUACUUGGAAGACAUGGGGUGCAUGGAAGGACUGUUUUGCCUGGGACAUUACUACCCACCAUGCCCUGAACCACACUUGGGUACAGGCACAUCCACCCAUGCCGAUAAUAGCUUCCUUACGGUUCUUUUACAAUACCAUAUCGGAAGCCUUCAAGUCCUUCAUCAAAAUCAAUGGAUUGAUAUUCGUCCAGUUCGUGGUGCUCUCAUUGUGAAUUUGGGUGUCAUGCUACAGGCAAGUAUCUAA